UUUUGAAUCCAGCUCGCCAUCAGACGGAAUUGUGUUGUGCUCUUGUAAAUAUGCCACAUGUAAUAGGUAUCAUAUAGACGUUUAUUACAGUGACGUUUCAUUGUAUUUUACUGUGCUGUCGGAUAACGAUGGGGAUCGAAAGGCAAACUCGACGAAGGCUCUGUUCCUGGUUUGUUUUUCAUUCGGCUCUGCUGUUGUUUGUCGGGAAACAGGCUUUGGCAGAAAUAAGAUAUUCUAUUCCAGAGGAGGUGAAAGAUGGGACUGCUGUCGGGAAUGUUGCGAAGGAUCUUGGCCUUGACAUCACCUCUUUGAUUGACCGACGGUUCCGUGUUGUGUCUGAAUCUAAGGAUGCAUUUUUUGAGGUAAACCAGAACAAUGGAGCUCUGUAUGUCCAUAAGAAAAUCGACAGAGAGGAGCUGUGUCAUGGCAGUGGUGCAUGUCUAAUAGAGCUGAAAGUCAUAGUGGAAAACCCUCUGGAAAUACACUAUGUAGUUGUAGAAAUUACUGAUGUAAAUGAUCAUUCUCCUGGUUUCCCCGAAAAAGUGCAGACGUUUGAAAUCUUUGAACAAACACUACCUGGAAGGCGAUUUCAACUACACACUGCUCGUGAUCCCGAUGCUGGAAUUAAUUCUAUUCGUACAUACACUUUAACAUCAAAUGAACAUUUUGAAGUGGACAUCCGCCAAAGCGACGAGGAUAAGAUACCAUUUUUAGUGCUGAAGAAAUCGUUAGACAGAGAACUAAAGAACAAACACACGCUGCUGGUUACAGCAGUUGAUGGAGGCAAACCUCCAAGAUCAGGAACACUGAAUGUUUCUAUUAUUGUUCUUGACAGUAAUGAUAAUCGUCCGAUGUUUAGUCAGGAGAUUUACCAAAUAGAAAUACAAGAAAAUGUUCCAAUCGGUACUUCAAUAUUUCAAAUGAAUGCAACGGAUCCUGAUGAAGGCACCAACAGUGAAAUUGAAUACAGCUUCGGAAAAACUUUGAAGAAAAAAGUGUAUGACAUCUUUGAACUUGACAAAUUAACUGGAGAGAUUAAAGUAAAAGGGGAGGUGGAUUAUGAAGAAAACGAUGUUUAUAAACUGGAUGUGGAGGCAUCCGAUAAAGGAACACCUCCACUGACAGGUGAGUGUAGACUCCUUAUAAAAAUCAAAGACGUCAAUGAUAAUGCACCGGAAAUAGAAAUCACAUCACUGUCAAAUACAGUGUCUGAAGAUUUAAAGCCUGGUACAAUGAUUUCUCUCAUCACUGUGAAGGAUAAAGACUCCGGUGUCAAUGGAAAAAUUAUUCUAAGCAUAACCUCAGAGGUGCCUUUUGAAUUAAAGCCCUCCUAUAAGGAGAACAUAUAUUCAGUUGUUACGAAGGGAUUUUUGGAUCGAGAGGAGGUGUCA